AUGGGCUCCAGGCUAGAAAACAAUUCAACUGCUGUCCGAAAGCGCAUCGAAAGCCAUGCUUUUGAAGACGAGCGAGGUGAGGAGUACGAGGGAUCCAAAUUCGGUGGUUUCUCCGACUACAUGCGAAGGAAGAAGAUCAAAUUACAGAACCUUGAUGCUGAUAUAAGAUCCAAUUCCACCGACAAGCCCAAAAUCUUUCGCGGCGUGGUAGCCCAUGUCAACGGCUACACCCAACCGUCACUCAGUGACCUUCACUCUCUCAUAGUCAGUCAUGGCGGCGGCUUUCUCCAGUACUUGGACGGCAAGACGGCUGUCACUCAUGUAAUUGCAAGCCAUCUCACUCCUAAGAAGACUGUUGAAUUUGCAAGAUACCGUAUUGUGAAGCCCGCAUGGGUUGUGGACAGUGUCAAGGCCGGCAAGCUCUUACCGUGGCACUCGUAUCGCGUCGUUGAUGAAGGCGUCACCCAAAAAGUCCUUGGGUUCGACAAUGGUAAGGUGGUCAGCCAGGCUAGCACUCAGCGUCUCGGAUACCGCGACCAAACCGAUACAAGUUGGUAUACCUCUCAGAUGCUGCGGCAGACGGCGCAGCAAGAGCCAAAAUCGGAACUCGACUCAACAGACACGAUUCGGGAUAACUCCGUGCCGUCACCUGUUGUAGGCUCAGCCUCGCCCGAGAAGACCCUGGAUGUUCUGGAUCAGGAUGGGGCUUUUCUGCAUGAAUCGGUCAUCGACAACCCCAAGUUUGAUGCACAAGGCAGGAGUACGGACUCGAAAUUGCAGACUAGCAUAAAGAAUUUCGCGCCUGGUCAGAUUCAACCGGAGGAAAAGCGAACGCUCACUGCCGAAGAACAUAAUGCUAUUCUUCUCUCGAACCCCCAUAUGGCAAAGUCUAGCACCGCAAACCCUGAUUUCAUCAAUCAAUACUACCGCGAAUCCAGGUUGCAUCACCUUUCUGCUUGGAAGGCAGAUCUCAAGGCGCAGCUGCAAGCACGUGCCCAAGAAAAGAGCUUGCAAAAGACCAAACAGAAACGAGCACCAGGUUCUCGACGAUAUAUCAUGCAUGUCGAUUUUGACAGCUUCUUUGCUGCUGUUUCUUUGCGAAAACACCCCCAACUCCGUGACAAACCGGUCGUGAUUGCACACGGCAGCGGGCCUGGAUCUGAGAUCGCGAGUUGCAAUUAUCCGGCUCGAAAAUACGGCGUCAAAAAUGGUAUGUGGAUGAAGACUGCACUACAGCUCUGUCCUGAACUCAAAGCACUACCUUACGAUUACGCUGAAUAUGAAGAAGCCAGCCGACACUUUUAUGAUGCAAUCUUGGCGGUCGAGGGAAUUGUUCAGAGCAUCAGCAUUGAUGAAGCUCUGAUUGAUGUUAGUGAUCAAUGCAUUGCAGCUGGUGGUUCAGAUGGCAAGGCCAUUUCAGAAGGCUCCAUCUAUCGGGAGCAAGAGGCAGCUCAGGCGCUGGCACAAUCCUUGAGAUCCUUGGUCAAGGAGAAGACGGGUUGUGACGUGUCCGUUGGCAUUGGAGGCAACAUAUUGCUCGCGAAAGUUGCUCUUCGAAAAGCUAAACCGGCAGGGCAGCACCUUAUCAGACCUGAAGACGUCUUGAGUUUCUUGGGUGAGCUCGUGGUGACGGAUUUGCCUGGUGUUGCCUGGAGCAUUGGCAACAAGCUAGAAGAAAUUGGCAUCAAGUAUGUCAAGGACAUCAGAGCUUGCUCAAAAGAACGACUGGUGAAUACACUUGGCCCAAAGACAGGCGAAAAGAUUUGGGACUACUCAAGGGGUAUCGACAAACAAGAAGUCGGUGAUCAAGUCGUUCGCAAAUCUGUUUCUGCCGAGAUCAAUUGGGGUAUUCGAUUCGUCAAUCAGCAACAGGCUGACGAUUUUGUCCACAACCUCUGCGAGGAGUUAUCAAAAAGGCUUCUGGAGCAACUGGUCAAGGGGAAACAACUGACAAUGAAGAUCAUGAGGAAAGCCGCAGACGCUGGGAUGGAUCCUCCCAAAAAUCUUGGGCACGGGAAGUGCGAUACGUAUGCCAAAAGUGUCGUUUUAGGUGUUGCUACAAAUGAUGGAACAACGAUCGGGAAAGAAGCGGUUUCCAUUCUCCGGAGCUACGGAUUUCCUCCGGGUGAACUCCGUGGACUAGGGGUACAGAUGCAGAAGCUUGAACCCCUCAAAGCAUCGGGCUCGAAGAGCGCAGCAUUGGAUAGCAGUCAGCGUCGGUUGCAAUUUAAGAAGCCAACAGCACCUGUGUCACCUACGCAUGCAGCGUCCACGCGAGCGUUGACGCCUCCGCCUGUUGCAAAGAGAUUGUCAAAAAUGGGUUCGGUGGAUCAGAUUGAAGAUAUCCCGACCCCGGAAAAGCCAACAACGCAUAGCACGAUUCCAAGUGCGCUGGACACAAAAUUGACUUCGAAUAUAUCUGAAUCUGAACCAACGCCUUUGAACAUAAGCGGUACUCAAUUCAUCCUUCCCUCCCAGAUCGACCCUGCUGUCCUGGCCGAACUUCCGGCAGAUAUCCGUAACAAGCUUGCGCCGAGACAGAAAUCAAUCUUGGACAGUCUGUCUCGCGCUCGUAGCCCAGGAGGCAGUGAUAGAUCACGCUCAGCUUCGCCAUGUCCCACAGAAGUCGAGCCAGCACUGCCAAAUCAGAGCCAGCUAGACCCAGAGGCUCUCGCAGCGCUUCCGGAAGAUAUGAGGGAGGAGAUUCUUGCUCAGUAUAGGACCUCUGAAAAUGGAAUAGGAGUAAUGCAUAGUGAGCGUGGUCUGGGCUCUCCGCAUCGUCGGAGAACCCUAGGCUUUACCAAACGGGCGCAAACCACACCAACGAAGAAGACAAAACUAUCAAUGGUGAUGACUAAAGGGCGCACGAGACGUACGAUCCAAGGGUCUUCAUCGACACUAACACAAUCCAACUUCAUCAAUGCCGCCAAAAAGUCUGGGGGUCAUGAAAUCCAACCGGAGUAUGCCUCUGAAGACAUCUCGGAAUCUUUCCUGAAUGAACUACCUCCAGAUAUUCGAGCUGAGGUUCUAGCUGAGCAAAAGAGAAACAGAAUGAAGUCUCGUUCGGGAUUAAAUGUGGAGAACAACCGAAAGAAGCAGAAAAAUAUCGCAACAGAAAGUAUCCUUUCACGUGGGCAACAGAAAUUAAAGCUCUGCAAGCCACCAGAGAGGCCUACAUUCACUUCACAGAAGCUCAGUUCUCUGCCUGAGCUGAGAGACGCAACCUCGGCAUGGGUGCGCGAAUUCUCCGUUGACGGGGAGGGCCCUGAUGUUGAUGAUCUUGCUGCUUUGUCAGAAUACCUAGUGAAAGUCGUCUCGAUCGAGCGAGAUAUGGCCAAGGCAGUCGGCGUUGUGAAUUGGCUAGCAAUGGUUGUCGACUACGAAAAAUUCAAGAGCCCGGAGGUCCGACGACUCUGGGAAAGUGCCAUACUGCGUCUGAAACAGGACAUGCAAAAAGCAAUUGCCAGUAGAGGUUUGCCUCCCGUCCAUUUUGAAAAUUGA